UACAGACUCAACUUAUUUACUCACUCUCACACACACACACUCCCUCUCACUUCGUGCAUGCAUCAAGUACCUAAUUACUUCAUUUCUACAUCAAAGUAAAGUUGCAAUCGCUUCCAAGGCUUCUUCUAGCUCUUUCCAUUCUUUUCCCAUCACCGUCCCUCUUCAUCCCCUGUCCACCACCUCCACCACCAUCACUAUCACCUACCUCUCUUCCUCCUCCUUAACUUCGUUCCGCCUUUACCUCUGAGCUUUCCCCACUGUUCAUCAUAUUCGCAUCCUUCGCCUGCACAGACCUUUAUUUCACGUUCGCGUUCACCUUCACCUUCACACUCGUCUCGCUCUCACUCGGCGCGCCUCUGAUCACUUGUCGCUAUUAUCUAUACCUCUGUCCUCUUACCACUCUUCCAUCGCGACAAUCCUCUCCCCACCAACUGCGCAUGCGCCAAUCGUACGCCCAAUAUGACUACAUUUGUAGUAUCUAUGUUUUUGCCGGUCACGGUGGACUUCAAUGAGUUGUCAGAGUAUGAGCGCCGCGCAAAUCCAGAACCAGCGGCUGUCGUAGAGGAACUCGAGCAACAAGCCUCGGACACUAAGAGUGUUCGUCCACCAGGGCCUACCAGGCAAGCUAGUUUGUUCCAGCAGACGACCGCUCCAACUCCCCCAAAGACUCCGGCUGUAGAGCAUGUUGACUUCUUUGCCGUCAAUCCCAGUGCUGCGACUCAUUUUGCCAAACCCACUGAUCCGCGCACGUUGGUACGCAGCGACUCCCACGUGCCUGAAUGGGGCAACAAUGGGCCGUACUUCAACCAGCCCAGCUCCAAGGCGCGUCCACCGCCCCCGGACACCAUUCUAGAGUAUGCCAAUUCCAAGGAGCGUACGGACAACGUUCGUAAGGAGAGGUUGUCCCUGCCCCAAAGACACAGCUCUCGAGACCACAGCAGAGAUCCCCGUUGGGUAGCGGACUGGUCUGUGGUUCCAGCCGUGCAAGGCAACGGCGGAUUGACCAACGCCGUCCGAGCCUCCCGUGAUGCUGGCUCUGUGAACGAGGUGCUGAACGUUGGUCUUGUUGGCUUCCCCACCGACGUACUCGGUGACAAGAAGAAAGAAGAGAUUGAGUCCAAGCUUGAGGCAGAGCACGAGUGCCUGACGGUCUUUGUCAGUGACACUGACCUCGACGGCCACUACUCUCACUACUGCAAGACCAUUCUCUGGCCAGUGUUCCAUUAUCAGAUCCCCGAUCACCCCAAGAGCAAGGCUUACGAGGAUCACUCGUAUCAGUUCUACGUCAAUCUGAAUCAGGCUUUUGCCGACAAGGUUGUUGCCAACUACAAGCGCGGCGACACCAUCUGGAUCCAUGAUUAUCAUCUCUGUCUGGUACCCGCGAUGGUUCGCAAGAAGCUGCCCGAUGCCCAAAUUGGCUUCUUCCUUCAUGCUGCCUUUCCCUCGUCCGAAGUGUUCCGUUGCCUCGCCGCUCGCAAGAACUUGCUUGAGGGUAUGCUUGGAGCCAACCUUGUCGCCUUCCAAACCCAUGAGUAUGCGCACCACUUCCUACAGACUUGCAGCCGGAUCUUGUCAGUAGAAGCAACCGAGGAUGGAGUUCAGCUGGAAAAUAACUUCGUUAAUGUUUGGUCGAUCGCGAUAGGCAUCGAUCCCGUUCGCCUAUCCCUCGAGCGUGAUGAGCAGCCAGUGCUGGAGUGGAUCGAAGCAUUGCGCAACCGUUACCCUGGCAAGAAGCUGAUUGUAGCACGAGAUAAGCUGGAUGGCAUUCGGGGUGUGCGCCAAAAGCUACUAGCAUUCGAGUUGUUCCUAAACAAGUAUCCGGAUUGGCGUGACAAGGUCGUUCUGAUUCAAGUUGCAACGCCAACUACCGAGAAUGACGACUUGGCUGCUACGGUCUCUGAGAUUGUGACUCGAAUCGAUGCUGUACACAGCAGCCUGUCGCACAAUCCUCUGGUCUACUUGAGACAGGAUAUCGCCUUCACCCAAUACCUGGCGCUGCUUUCGAUGGCAGACAUUCUGAUGGUCACCAGCCUCCGCGACGGCAUGAAUCUUGGAGUCCAUGAGUUUGCCAUUUGCCAAGAUGGAAAACAUUCUGGCAAGAAGCAUGGCCCAGUAAUCUUGAGUGAAUUCACCGGCAGCGCUGCCUUCUUCGAAGGAGCUGAACUUUCUGUCAACCCCUGGGACUACAAAGGGUGUGCCGAGACCAUCAAGGUCGCGCUAGAUAUGAGCGAUGAAGAGAAGGCCACUCGAUUCGAAAGAAUUCGUAACAAGGUGUUGAAUCACACAGGAGAUUUCUGGUUCACCCAGCUUGCCAAUCAUCUGACGAAAGUCCAUGAUGAGCAUUUUCGCCGCGACACAAUGUCGAUUCCCCGCUUGAGCAAUGUCAAACUCGGUCAAGCAUACCAGAAGUGUGACAAGCGCCUUUUCCUCCUGGAUUAUGAGGGUACCUUGGCUCCUUUCGGCUCCGUCAACAACACCAUCAUAACCAAUCUCGAACGCGCUACGGAAACUCUCAAUGAUCUCCUCCAAGAUAAUAAGAACAUGGUGUACGUCAUGAGCGGUCGCACCAUGAAGGAGCUGCAGAUGGUCUUCGCCCGGGUACCUGGCGUUGGCCUGAUUGCCGAGAAUGGGUGCUAUGUGCGCCCGCUAAACUCGGACGAAUGGAUUGCCUUCGCGGAUGAGGAGAAGGCAAACAAGUGGAAGGAUUCGGUCAAGUCGAUCCUCCAGUACUAUCGCGAGCGUGUUGAGGGUAGUUGGGUGGAAGAGCGCAACUGCUCGCUCAUUUUCCACUAUGAGAACACGCCCGAAACCGAUUCUGCGAAUCGCCAGGCAGGCGACUGCGCAACUCACAUCAACGAUGCAUGUGAGUCACUUCGUGUUCGAGCUGUGCCCACGAAAGACUCGGUCAUCAUUGAGCCCAUGGACUUGAACAAAGCGACGGCGGCUACUCACAUCUUCCAUGAACUUGGAACGGCCAACAGGCCUAACUUCCUGAUGGUGGCUGGAAAUGACCGAGACGACGAAGUCGUCUUCCGAUGGGCUGAGAACCUGAACGAGAAAGGGGUCGUCCCCGAGACCACGACUGUGAGCGUGGGCAACAGGAACACGGUGGCCAUGUCAACCUUGCCACAAGGAACAACUGGACUCCUCAACACGCUCAACAAGCUCGCUCGACUUUGAAUGACUACAUGAGGUAAUGAUACACACACCUUCCCCUUUUCCUUUCUGCCAAACACAUUUGCACGAUGGACCCCCGGCGUUUGAAGGAGCACUAUACCAUCAGGGUUGCAUGCGAUGUAUUAUGACGACAUGAAUGAAGCACUGAAUUAGACAAUGGAAAUGGCAUGGAAAUGGCAUGGACAUGGCAUGGAGACGAUGGAAACGACCAUAUUGCGGUGGUGAUAAGAAGGUUCCCAACAGUGGAACCUCUUCUACCAAAUGCUCCUUGCCGUUUGCACAUGAGUGCGGAACUGUGAUUAGACUACACCUUUCUUCUACUCAAGGCCUUCGAAGGCAAAAUACCUGAUCUG